AUGAAACCAUCAGAAUUCCUAUUAGGUGACACAGCUUAUAAAAAUGCCAAAAAAUCAUUACAAUCAUUAAUAAAUCAAUAUAGUACGCAAAUUAACACCUCAACUAAUGAUGAUAGUACCCAUAUUAGUUCUACCAACAAUCAAGGUAUGGCAAUUCAUUUAGUAAUUAGUAUUAAAAUCCCUUUAUCAAGGAAAAAAGAUUAUAUACCAAGAAUAAUUCCUAUUAGUUAUAAAUUAGAUGAUAUUACAAAUAAAUCAAUCUUAUUAAUUACUAAAGAUCCAUCAAUUCCUUAUCGAUCUAAAUUAAUGAUUAAAGAUUCUCCUACGGAAGAUCUAUUUCUGGAUAUUUAUAGUUUUAAAAAAUUGAAAUCUAUGAUUAAUAGUAGUAAAGGGAAGAAACAAAAUUUGAUUAAAAUAUUUAAAAAUUAUGAUAUAAUUGUUUGUGAUCAUCGAAUUAUGAAAUUUUUACCAAAUACAUUAGGAGAAUUAUUUUAUUAUAAAAAUAAGAAAAUCCCAUUUUUAAUUCAAAUGGCAAAACCAAUAAUCACAGAAAUAGAAAGGAAAAAAUUCAAAGCUCAAUUGAAAGCUAACAAUAGUAGUAGUAGUAGUAAUGAUAUUGAUGGAUUGACAAUUUCUAAAGAAAAUAAAAUUAAAGAUAAUAGAUGUGAUCCUAAAUAUAUUAAUUUACAAAUCAAAUCAAUUGUUGGAAAUACAAAUUAUUUACCAAGUAAUGUAAUUAAUAAAGGAGAUUGUAUAUCAUUAAAAAUUGGUUAUACAAAUUGGUCAAUUGAUAAAUUAUUAAUUAAUAUUAAUGAUAUUAUUGAUUAUUUACUUAAUAAAGAAUAUUUUACUUCAAUUGGUGGUGAAGGACUUAUUAAAGAUUUAAAUAAUUUAGGUAAUAUUCAUGUUAAAACUAAUCAAAGUAUUAGUUUACCAAUUAUUGAUACUACCAAUGGGAUGAUUAACGGGAAAGAUGGUCAUGAUGAUGAUGAUGAUGAUGGGAAUGAUAGUGAUUUUGAUUUUUAA